UUUUUAAGUUUUUGGGGGCACUAACUGAAGGGCUUUUCCUUAGCGAAUUUCUUAAUCUUGAAGCCCGAACGGAAAACAAAAAGCGCACCCAGCCCAACUUCCGGAGGACCAAGAUCGCGAAGAACAACCAGGAAGCGGCCUGGCUGGGAGCUACCCCGGCUUCUCCGCUCCGCUCUCUAGGGAGCUUCCCGCGUUCCUACACCGUCUUUUCCUGCCCCGCGUAGCCCCAGCCCUGACCUAGGCUCCGGCCCGGGCCGGCCACUCCGGAGCCGCCAUGUCGUCCGACUUCGAAGGCUACGAGCAGGACUUCGCGGUGCUCACUGCAGAGAUCACCAAUAAGAUUGCGAGGGUCCCCCGACUCCCGCCUGAUGAGAAGAAGCAGGUGGUUGCAAAUGUGGAGAAACAGCUCGAAGAAGCAAAAGAACUGUUGGAACAGAUGGAUUUGGAAGUCCGAGAGAUACCUCCCCAAAGUCGAGGGAUGUACAGCAACAGGAUGAGGAGCUACAAGCAAGAAAUGGGAAAACUUGAGACGGAUUUUAAAAGGUCACGGAUUGCCUACAGUGACGAAGUACGGAAUGAGCUCCUAGGGGAUGAUGGGAAUUCCUCAGAGAAUCAGUUGAUAAAAUUACGUGAAGAGAGGGCACAUCUGCUCGAUAACACAGAGAGGCUGGAAAGGUCAUCUCGGAGACUAGAGGCUGGGUACCAAAUAGCAGUGGAAACCGAACAAAUUGGCCAGGAGAUGUUGGAAAACCUCAGUCAUGACAGAGAAAAGAUACAGAGAGCACGUGAAAGACUUCGGGAAACAGAUGCUAACUUGGGGAAAAGCUCCAGGGUUCUGACAGGGAUGUUGAGAAGGUCAGCCAGAGUUUGACAUAGUAAAGGCGGAUGGUCCAAGUAGAGGAUACACCUACGUGGAAUAGGGUUCUUGCAGAUGAAACAUUCCCAAGGCCAGCAGCCCAGGCCCCCUGAGGAAAAUGCACAUAAUAACAGGUAGGAAGGAGGGUAUCUGCUGGGAGCCCAAGAGACGAUUUCCCUCGAUGAGGGGGCACUAGCAUGCCCUCCCUCUCUGUGUUUAUAUUCUUUGGGUUUAAGAGGAGGUUCUGGGCAUGUGCAACUCAGGAAUAUAAGGUUCCGUGGAUUGCCGUAGUGUUUGGGGGGUUCUGUUUUUGUUUUGUUUGGUUUUCCUUUUAUCUUUUUUUCAAAUGAAGUAGAAUUCACAGAACAUAAAAUUAACCAUUUUCAAGAGCAUCAUUCAGUGUCAUUCAGCAUAUUCACAGUGCUCUGCAACCAUCACCUCUAUCUAGUUCCAAACAUUUUCAUCGCUCAGAAAGAAGUCCCUGUACCCAUUAAGUAGUUACUCCCCAUCCCCCUGUCCUCUGUCUCUGUGGAUUUACCUGCUCUGGGUAUUUCAUAUAUAGAGAAUCCUACCAUAUGUGAUCUUUUAUGACUGGCUUCUUUCAUUUAGAAUAAUGUUUUUGAGGUUUGCCAUAGCGUUUUACUGUGGCAUUUUCUGGGGGUUUGUGUGUGUUUAUCAUUCUUACCCCAUCACAGUUAUUCUUCACAUGUUCUCUGCCUUGGAUAAUGGCGUUACCCUCUAAGGAAGCCUGAGAAUCAGCAUAGACCCAUGUCUUCGCUCACUCCUGUAGUCUUUAGGAGUGUUCUUUAGGUUCUGUCGAUUGCACGUCUGAAAUACCUCAGGUCCCUUCUCAUUUAAUGCUCUUACAUCUCCUGCCCCUUCUCAGAGACCAUUCAUUCCCCAGCUGGUCUUUCUCAAGCACAGACCCUCCUGACCCUGUCACUGCCCAGCUCAACUCUUGACUGGUUCCUCCCCACCUUCCGAACUGGGUUCAAGCUCCUUCCCCUGCUGGCCCAGGCUGUCUGCAAUCUGUUCUCCCCUCCAACUGCCCUCAGUCCCAUCCCUACCUGCUACACCACGUCUAUCCGACCGCAUUAGACUGCCUGUGGGUCUCUGACCAGGGCUCACACUCCCUCUGCUGUGCCUUUCUGUGUCCCAUUCCCUCCCUAAAAUGUCUUCCUUCCCACCAUCCCACCCCUGCUUCCCACUGCAGGAAUCCAUCCCUCCUUCUCCCUCUCUUGCGUUUUACCUUCUCAUCUUCCCUGAUCGGUGAGUCAGAAUGAAUUCCUCCUUUCUAAUCCCAUGGCUUUUCCUUCUCCAAAGAAAAAACUAUGGGCCUGUAAGGAGCCAGAGGGAAAGAAACCAGUCUGAUGAAAGUAACAAGGACUAACAUUUUAAAUUAUUUUCGUCUUCUAUUGAAUUCACAGUUACUCACAAUGGUUUACCAGGUUCAAUUAGCAGAAAAUGCAACUUUGCUUUUUAUUUUCCUCUUCAGAUUAUGUUCUUCAUUACAAACCUCAAGAGUUUUAUAUGCAGUUGCCAAAAAUCUUCUUUUUGACAAAUUGCACAGGAUGCAUUUUGGGAUUGUGUGAUCGAGCGGAUUGAAUUUAGGCCAAGUUCUGUACCCUGAUAUCUCUCAAAACAAAAAUACAGAUGUAGGGCUACUCAAACAUUUAUCUAUUUAUUUUAUCCCAGCCCUCCAAAUUCAUUGUCUUUAAGAAUAAUCAAUUGGAUUCUUUUUAAAUUAAAUGCCAAGUAAACGAUGCAAAUAAAACAAUUUUGUUUGCCGAGAAGUAACUGAAAAUCUGCAACUAAUUACAAAUUGGCGAGCUCUGAAGCUGCAAAUAGCUCAAACCCUCUGCUGAUGCGUUGUUUACAGCAGGGUUCAAACUGGUUUCCUUACACCAGCCGUCCACAAGUUAUUAAUCAAUACUUUGCCAAGUUCUAUACCUCACCUUCAAAAAAUGGUAAUAAACAUUUAAUUUUCAAUAUGGGCUUCAUAAAUAAAGCUUUUAAAAACUAGCGGAGGAGGUGUAAUGGGUUAGAACACACAAAGUCUGUUCUUUAGUUAAUGUGAGUUGGCUUUGGAUUAAGUACCCUGUCCUUCCUUGACUGCUCAGGAAUCCUGCAACUCAGUUGGAAUUAAUAUCUGCCGGUCUGGUCACUGAGUCCCCUAUAGCACUCCACUGAUAUAAUGCAAGACCUUUCUAAUUGAAAUUCUGGAGAAAAGCAACAUAUUUGUGGGCCACAGAGAGACAGGGAACAACUAAUUUGAUUUGCCAUUGCUACAAGCAGGUAAAGCGGAAUUUACAAAAGACUCCAUUCUGAGUGGUGGUUUAAACACACACACACACACACACACACACACACACACACACACACACACAUUCUGAUGCUUCCAUACCUCUCAGACUCCAUCUCCUACUGUUCUUUCUCUCCCAGCUGACCUACAUUCACUCUUGUUCAGUCUCUGCCCCUGUCGCUCUGUUCCUGGAAUGUUCUUCCUCUAAAUCUUCACUUGGCUGGCUCCUUCUUUUCCUUCAGGUUUCAGUUUAAUGUCAGUCUUCAAAAAGGCUUUCCCUGUCCACCUUACCUGAUAUCUUGUACAUUAUUCUCUUUCUUUGUUUAUUUACUUGAUAAUUGUGAGAUGUAAGCUAUACAAGGACAGACACCUUGUUUAUCUUGUUCUCUACUCUAACCCUGGUCCCUGGACUAGUGCCUUGCACGUGGUGAGUUCUCAGUAAGUACUGGAUGGACGGAUGGAUGGGUGUUCAGGUGAAUGGAUAGAUGGGUGGGUAGGUAGAUGGAUGGAUGGCUAGAUUAGAGGGAUGAAUGAAGGAAUAGUUACGUUGGUUGGAACAAGCAGCAGAGUGAAGACAGAAAUUGAAUGCUAGGAAGGACAUGAUUCUAAAAGCAUCUUCUUUGAUAAAAAACCAAAACCUCUUCUGGAUUCCAAAAUUAGAGACUUCUUUGCAAACUGGGGUGCAUUCAGAGGUCAGAGAUGGUGAGAAAUACUACACAGCAAAUACUCUUCAGCUUUCACAAGGGCUGUUCUGUAGAAGAAUCAUUAGACCUAUCUCUGUGGCCCCAAAGGCUUGACCCAGGACCAGGGGGUGGAGAUUACUAGAAGGCAUAUGUGGCUUAAAAUGAACACACUUUCUCACUGAGAGAGCUGCCCUGAAUGGAAAAUUAGUAGUGAGAUGAUGUUGGCGGAAGGAUUUAUAUACAAAGUACCUGGCUACUUAGCAAGGGUGCUUAUCACAGGGGAUAUAGGCAUCAAAUGUGCUGUCGUUCUAGAUGACUUGCCUGGGCUCUUACUACCCCGAAGCUCUGUGGUUCUGUAAUGAUCAAAGGAGAAACCUGCUCAAUAGUUGACAAUUAUUUUUAAAGGGAGAAAUUCCAAUGCGAUUUGGAUUAUUCAUUUUGUCCCAUAAGGAGAUAACUAAAAAAUGAUUUUGAACUGAAAGAAGAUGUCCUUGGCAAAAUAAUAAGGCUGAAUUCUGAAAGUCUCUUCCCCAUCUUCUGUUCUCUGGGAUGCCUGGGACAGGGCAUGCAGUAUUUUAGGUACAUUGUGAGCGAGGAGCCUGCAUUCCCAGGAGGUGGCAGGGAUGGCCUGUAAGGUCUCAAUCCAACUCUGUGAUCUUAGGGCAAAGCUUCUAUGUGUGAAACGCAGUAGUACCUCCAAAAUAGAACAAGAGCACUCCAUCCAUGUGAAGAUGACUGUCAAGGUCACUGAGACCUACAGUGAUCUGGCAAAUUAAAGCUGUCUGUGGCUGCCUUUCCUUUCAGGACAUACUUUAGGAGAUCAAAAAAAAAUUUUUUUUUUAUAAAUUGAUGAUUUUCUGUUGCUGAGUCAUUUUUCUUGCAGUUCUUUUUGCUUUUCCUAUUUAUUGUUGGUUUGACGCCUGAGCCAUAGCAUUGU